UUGUUGCACGUCACCAACAAGCUAGCAUGAAUGGAUUGAUACAUCUGUAAAAGUCUCGAUUUAACCCAGUGGAAAGUGGUUGUGAAUGUUUGCGAGUGGACAUUUUUAUCCCCUCCGCUUUUGUCUAUUCAAGGCUUUAUACAACUUGACGUUUAGCCCGUUUUCGUACAUAACCGGAGGUUUGUAGUUGCUAGCCUGAAGCCACACCGUCAGCUAGUCGAGUUAGCUCCUCUUUGACCACAAGAGCAGCAAAGAUGUUAGAAGUGAUUCUUGACCUCCCGGUGGAAAAACAGAUAUUUUAUGCUGUCCUGUGCUUUUCAUGGACAGUUUAUCUUUGGGAAGCAUACCUUGCGUACAGACAGAGAAAGAUAUACAGAUCAACAACACAUGUGCCACACGAGCUUGGGACCAUCAUUGAUUCUGAAACUUUUGAGAAGUCACGUCUUUAUCAGCUGGAUAAAAGCAACUUCAGCUUCUGGUCUGGACUGUAUUCUGAGACAGAAGGGACGCUGAUCCUGAUCCUGGGCGGAAUUCCAUUUCUGUGGGCUGUAGCGGGUUCUGCGACAGCUCACUUUGGAUUUGGUCCAGAUUACGAGAUCACCCAGUCCCUCAUGUUUCUGAUGCUUGCUACCCUGUUCAGUGCCUUAACUGGACUUCCUUGGAGUUUGUACAACACAUUUGUUAUUGAGGAGAAGCAUGGCUUUAAUCAGCAGACAUUAGGGUUCUUCCUGAAGGAUGCUGUCAAAAAGUUUAUGGUCACCCAGUGUAUCCUGCUCCCUGUGACGUCGCUGCUUCUCUACAUCAUCAAGAUUGGUGGAGAUUACUUUUUCAUCUACGCUUGGCUCUUUACUCUGGUUGUUACUCUGGUGCUUGUUACUAUCUAUGCUGACUACAUUGCUCCCCUGUUUGACAAAUUCACUCCACUGCCAGAUGGAGAGCUGAAGACAGAGAUUGAAGUUAUGGCCAAGAGCAUAAGCUUUCCUCUCACAAAGAUUUAUGUAGUAGAAGGAUCAAAGCGUUCCUCACAUAGCAAUGCAUACUUCUAUGGGUUCUUCAAGAACAAGCGAAUAGUGCUGUUUGACACUCUUCUGGAAGACUACUCCCCUCUCAAUCAGAGUGGAGCGCUGCAGCCUGAACAGGCAGAUAGUGAUGACACUCCCAUUGAACCUAAAACCAAGCCGAAGAACAAAAGACAAGGCUGCAAUAAUCUGGAGAUCCUUGCAGUUCUAGGUCAUGAGCUUGGCCAUUGGAAACUUGGCCAUACUGUGAAGAACAUUGUCAUCAGUCAGGCCAAUUCCUUCCUGUGCUUCUCUCUGUUUGCUGUUCUAAUUGGGCGUAAGGAGCUGUUUGUAGCAUUUGGCUUCAGUGACAGCCAACCCACAUUAAUAGGCUUGAUGAUUAUCUUCCAGUUCAUCUUCUCCCCAUACAAUGAGCUCUUGUCCUUUUGUUUGACGGUCUUAAGUCGCAGAUUUGAGUUCCAGGCAGAUGCCUUUGCAAGGAGCAUGGGCAAAGCCUCCCAGCUUUACUCUGCCCUCAUCAAGCUCAACAAAGACAACCUGGGCUUCCCUGUGGCCGACUGGUUGUUCUCCAUGUGGCACUAUUCCCACCCUCCCCUGCUGGAGCGCCUCAGAUCAUUGGGAAACGUCAAGCAAGACUGACGGGACCAGAAGGGGACACAGCGGCGGCUGCCUCCUCCUAAAGGCCUGCGCAGGCCACCUCUGGCCCUUUGAGGCUCCCUGGUCUUUUUUUUUUUUCUUUUUUUUUCCCCUCCUUACUUGCUACACCCCUUCAUCUCAUUUAAACUUUUUUUUCCACUUGCUAUCCUUUAUUAUUUUUCAUUUUAAACUAUUUUAAAUGAAGAAACAAAGCAGCACAGCCUGAACAAAUCUAAAGUCCAAACUGAAAUCUCUGUACUUUUAACAUGCAGAACUGCCUGUUUUGCACUUGUUGAGAGCAAUACAUGUGGGCAAUAUGCAUUUAAGAAAGCUAUUGUCAGAGCAUGGGUCAGGUUUUUACAGCUUGACCUAAUAAUCUGUUUGAUUUCAGUUGUUGACAACUUGAUAAACUGCGUGUGUUUCUGCUGCAAUGAGGCCAGACAUGGAGUGCAGCCAUAAGAGUAGAAUCAUGUAAAUGUAAAGCCUGAUUAUAUUUUAAAGGUUUUGACUUAGACUGACACUUUUUUUAUUGGUUAUACAUGGGGGGAAAAAAGUCAUCUCUGUGGCCCAGCCACAGCUUGCAUGCUCAUGGCAACGCUUUUGAUAUACACAGGCCAGAAUUUGAGUCGUUCCACAGGUGCAGAGGCGUGUUGUGAAUGAAUGUUUCUCAGCCCUGUUCUUUAAUGUCCUCCAGGCUGAUGCGUUUUUGAUCUGUCCCAUUUCUACCAACUGCUGGGGCCACCGCCAACUCUUGAUUGGCUAAACACAUCUCACUGAGCUAAUUAAUUCAUAGUGGUAUAAUUAGUCACAAGUUUGACAAGAGGAACCAUGUAGGAGCUUUAUUGUGGCAGCAUGACCAUAGUUAUGAGCAGGGCUGCACAAAAUUUGCAUUUGAAUAUGUCUGCCAUUUGCGAUUUUCAUUUUUUAACGUUUUUUUUUUUGUCUUUUGAAGCACUUGUUUACAAUGUUCCAACCAUACCUGUGCAUAUGUAAUUUUAAUAUGAUGAUGUAUGGUGUGAAUUGUGAAAAAAAUGUUUUGAUAUUUUAAGUUGAUACAGUGCUAAUCAGUUUUGUUAUUUGGAAGGUGGGAGGCAGCAUGAUUCACAAAGCUGCCUAGCAAGUAAAAAAUAUCGGAUUUUGGGGAGAGGUGUGUAAAGUUUUUACUACAUACAGUGAAAGAGGAGCAGAUACUUUGCAGUGUUGAAUAAAAUCCUUCAGAGCAGUU